AUGUCACCGAAAAGAAGCCAGUUUAUUCCAAAGGAAUCCACACGCAAGAGUCGCUUAGGCUGUGUUCUGUGGGAAAUGAGGGCUGAGAGUCGUGACGAGUUCCUCGGUUGUCAGGAGAGUGAAGCCGGCGAGAGGAUAGGGAGCCAACUACACCACCUGAGCUACUGCUUCCUGGCGUCAUAUGGCACUCAGCGGACCUUGAUUCUAGAUACGAAGAAUUACAAUGGCAAUCCCGAAGGACUCGAGACGUUCUUCCUUCCUCUCAGCGACACUUGCACAAGUUACAACAAGUCUCAGAUGGUUGCUUGGCCAGGGAAGAAAGAUUCGCUCGUGGUGCGUUUCCCGAGUAUGGACAGACCGAAUCCGAGGCCGAACUAUUUUCCGAAGUCAAUCCCGAAGGACAUUUCCGAGCGUCUGGUGCGCCUCCACGGAGAUCCUUUUGCCUGGUGGAUGGGCCAGUUCUUCAAGUACGCCAUGAGGACGAACAAGGAUUUCCAGGAUUACAUUGAUAACCAAGCGCGAGAAAAAUGGUUACGAGUCUCCUGUCGUAGGGUGAAUAUUCCCAAGAUUGACAUUUGA